AAUCUCUUUUUAAAAAUUAAGCCAUGUUACAAGAAUAUCAUUUUUCCUGUUUUGUCAUUACAGAUAUACAACGUUCUUUCCUGGUUUCCUUACAGAUUUUUCAUUCAUGUGUGGACACAAAAGAUGGAGUUGGCUUUUAUUUUUAAGAAGAUACUGUUGGUGCUCUAUUGCUAUUGAAAAGAUUGUCUUGUGAAGAUGCACGGACUUCUCUUUCAGUUGGACUAGCAGUCAUUUUGGAACAUUGCUGCAGCCAUAGUCUCUAUUUGAAAAUUCAAGUAUCAAAGAAUAUUAGAUUUAAGAUGGUAUAAAAUCAGAUCUUGUCUGAGAAGUGCAGAUUUGGUGAGACCUCAGUUGCAGUCCAGCUGUAUUCUCCAGCCAGAGUGAUUCACUACCAUUCAGUCCUUUGCUAAACCUAAACUAGAAGACUUAAUAGACGGUGCUGAAAGAUGGGAGAAAAAAACGGUGAUGCAAAAGCUUUCUGGAUGGAGCUGAAAGAUUGUGGAAAAGUGGACUUUAUAUUUGAACAAGUGCAAAAUGUGCUGCAGUCACUGAAACAAAAGAUCAAAGAUGAGUCUGCCACAAAUAAAGAAUACAUCCAAGCAAUGGUCCUAGUGAAUGAAGCAACUCUGAGUAACAAUUUGGCAUUGAUAAAAGGUCAUACACCUGUGAUUCAUAAUGAAAAGAAAAACGAACAGCAAACCUUUCCUUCUUCGUCCUACGGAAACUCCUUUCCAGAAGACUCUACAGUUCUAUCUACAGAGAACAAAGAAAUUCUUCCUCUGGAAAAUAAAAUUGUGAACUUGAAUACAAGAACACCGUCUUUGAAUUUGUCUUACCAAAGUCAUCAUUGCUCUGGUGCCUGUCUGAUGAAAAUGUCAACCUUCAAGGGGGGAAACCCUCUGCAGCUCCCAAUCAAAUGUCACUUCCAAAGGUUCCAUGCGAAGACAAACUCGCGUUCAGCAGUACUCCACGUGAGUUACAAAGCUCCUUGUGGAAGGAGUCUGCGAAACAUGGAGGAAGUUUAUCGUUACCUGCUUGAGACAGAGUGUAACUUUUUAUUUCCAGAUAACUUUUCUUUCAAUACCUAUGUUCAGUUGACUCGGAAUUACCCAAAGCAAGAAGCAAUUGUGUCUGAUGUGGAUAUUAGCAAUGGAGUGGAGUCAGUACCCAUUUCUUUCUGUAACGAAAUUGACAGUAGAAAGCUUCCACAGUUUAAGUACAGAAAGACUAUGUGGCCACGAACUUAUUAUCUGAACAGCUUUUCCAACAUGUUUACUGAUGCAUGUGACUGUUCUGAGGGCUGCAUAGACAUAACAAAAUGUGCUUGUCUUCAGCUGACAGCAAGAAAUGCUAAAAUUUGUCAUUUGUCAACUAAUCAAAUAGUGACUGGAUAUAAAUAUAAAAGACUACAGAGACAAGUACCUACUGGCAUUUAUGAAUGCAGCCUUCUGUGUAAGUGUAAUCGACAGAUGUGUCAAAACCGAGUUGUCCAGCAUGGUCCUCAACUACGACUGCAGGUUUACAAAACAGAGAAGAAAGGAUGGGGUGUCCGCUGCCUAGAUGACAUUGACAGAGGAACAUUUGUUUGCAUUUACUCAGGAAGACUGCUAAGCAGAGCUAACCCUGAGAAGCCUAAUGCGGAUAAUGAAAAUGAGAAAGAAGAGACUGUUAUGAAAAGUAUGUUAUCAAAAAAGAGGAAAAUAGAAGUUUCCUGUUCAGAUUGUGAGGUUGAAGUUAUUCCAACAGAACUGGAAGCACAUCAUAGAAGGGAGAAUUGUUCACCUAAACUCAGUAAGACUCUCAGCGAGUCUGUUCUGGAAACAAAAUGUAACAUCAUUUCAAGAAUCAAGUACCAUUCAGUUAUCAAAAGCUCUAAAUCUAAGAUAGCCAUUUUUCAACACGAUGAGGAAAAGAUGGGAUUUAUUUCCUUGGAAUCUGACACCUCAGAAGGUGAUGGUGAAUUUAAACCAAAAGAAGAAUAUCUCAACUCAAGAGUCAAGAGAAUGCCAAGGGAGUCAAGUUCAAGCCAUGUUGAAGAUUCUGAAGACAAACAACUAACUGAGUUAGAUGUGAUAAAUAUAGCUAAAUGUAGAGAAGAAACUCCACCACAGGACAAAUGUAUCCAACCAACCACUCUGAAUAACCAAAAUAUUAAAAAAACUCAAACACAGAAGCACCAAAAGAAAAAUUGUACAGCAUGUCAAAAUCGGCAGGUCUUUUGUGAUGAUGAGUUGUCAAGUGAAACCACGAGUACUUCAUCUGAUUCUCCAGCAAAGUCCAAAUCAGAGCAUAUGUUUCUAUUGGAUGCCACAAAGGAAGGAAACGUAGGCCGCUUCCUUAAUGGGAGUCAAAUUACAGGAAUUGAUGGAGUACACACUCUGAUAGCUGCAUCCCUUACUGAUGUUAACCUGCCAGUACUUGCUGGUUAGGAAGCAUCAGUAUGACCCAAGUAGCACGCAUGAGUGUCUCAUGGAUAUGUUACAGCACACAAUUCUUUGGCCUUGGACCAUUGCCCAACUGCAGACCCUCAGUUGACCUUGGUCUUGACCUUUUGCCCACUGCAAAUCUGCUUCCUGCAAAGUUUGACCUGGGUCUCCCGCACCAGCAGUCUGUGACUUCAAGAUUCCAGAGUUUGCCCUGUUCUUCUGUAGCAAGUCACACUUAAUGCUUGCUAAUUGCUUGCAGCCCUGUAACCCUGAUCAGCUAGUGGAAAAGGGGAUUGAGAAGCUGCAGAAGUCAAAGUCUACCCUUACAAGUACUGAACAUUUAACCGCAAAUAAAUUCCCCCUCAGAAUGAUUGGAAUGAUAGCUUGAAUGAAGUUAUCAAAAGUAAUUCUAGUUUUUGUACAGUUACAUAUUUUUGUAUUUAGACUUGAGUUAGUUUCAGGUUAGUUACCUUUCCAACAAAAAUCUGUUCCAAAUUUGGACAUAAUUUUUUAAAAAUAGUAAAUUAGGUGAAAACCUCAAGUUGUUUUAGAGAACAAAAACGAAAUUGUAGCUCUACAAACAGCGUGUAGACAGAUGAUGAUGCUUGAAAAGUCCAUCUACUCCCAGGAACGAUGAAGGACCAUUAGGCAGUGUGCUACGGUAAAAUGAAGAAACUUGGUUUGUGCAGAGGGCUUUGUGCUGUAACAGCCAGCAUCUCCUUGCGAUCUGCCUUCAGAGUCGCUAACAUCCAGAAGCAGGAGGUAUUCUCUCAGUUUCAUCCUCUUAGAUAUUUCCCUGGAAUUCUCUAACUGCUUCAGUCUGGACUGGUUCACAACCAUCAUUUUCCACAAGAUCAGAGUCCCUUUGCCUCAUACCACACUGUUUCCAGUUAAACUCAAUUCAUUCCCAUGGUUUAUUCUCAUGAGUUGGGGAAGCAUGUCCUCCAGUAGCAUUUACAAAGGAAAACUGAAGUAAAUGUUUUUGAGAUUCUGCGUGGUUUAAAAUCUUUGUUUUACCCUUAUAUUUGAUUGCUAUUUUGGCAGAGUACAGAAUUAUGUCUUUUGAAGCAUAUACAUUUUUUCUUUGUCCCAACCUACUGUACCUGGCUGGUAAGGGCCUGUUUUUAUCCUGGUGGGAUCUUUUCAUCUGGAAACUUUUUCCUUCAGGGAAAUAUUCUUGAACUAUAUUUCUCAGUGAUUUUCUCUCCCCGGAAUUCUUGUAUCCAGACCUGCAAGAUUGCCCUAUCUUAAUUCCCAGUCUUUUCCUGCUGUUUUUUUUUUUUUUCUAAGCCGCUUCCUCCUUGAAUUCAGCUGUUGGCAGUUUAUUCUAGUCCCACACGUGUAGUUCCUAAUAGCUGUCUGAGCUUUCUUUUACUUACCAGCAUUCUGUGUUGGGUCCAGGGUUGUGGUAUAUUAGCUCUUUCAAAUAUAUGCGUAUCUGUGCACACGUAUUCACACCCAUGUGUCUUGUUUGUUUUUGCUGCAUCUUGUGUAUCCUGCCAUGUUUCUUGGUUGGUCCUAAAUGCAUGUGUUUUGCCUGUCUUUCACGUAACAGCCUGUCCUCUGCGAGGGCUCUUGGCUGUGUACCUGCAUGAGUGUGGAGAAAAGCUCCUGGCCAGGCUUACCGUGGACUGCUCCAGCUACCUGGCCGAGGAUUCUGCCCUUGCCAGCUUCCUGUGCUUUGUUUUGUUUUGAUUUUGUUGUUGUUGUUUUGGUCAAGGAGUGCUCUUCCGCCCCUCUACCCAGAGGACAGAAGCUUGGGUGCUCUUUACCCCCUCGUGCAGCCACCCCCUCUUGCUUCCCAGCCAGUUCGUAUUUGUCAAGAAUAUCCACGUGGCCCUUUUUAGUCUUAAUAUUGUCUCGCGUUUCUGCUAUCCACAAUCUUUCUGCCUCCAUUCAGAAUCUCCUCAAAGUGCAAGACCUCCACAGAUUCUCAGCAAACGACCAAUGAUAAUGUGAACUUUGUUUUAACUUUAGGUCUCUCUAUAUUUGUUACAUGCACUGAAAACCUCACCUUGUAUGGUGCUCUCCGUACCCCAUGGGUGCUAAAUAAAGUGCUACUGGCAACUGGAUUUGGGGU